GCCUGCUGCAGAUACGACCCUGACUCUCUCUCUCUCUCUCUCUCUCUCUCUGUCUGUCGCUCUGUCUCUGAGUGACUACAGCGCUGCAGAUCGAAAGGAACGAGGAACCACACAGAGAGGAAGAGAUCGAUCUGCUGUUCAGAGUGUGCUGAAGAUCGUGUGGACAGAUCUGUGAAGUUCUCCAGCGCAGCAUCAUGGCGUCUGCGGCUCCUCAGAAGAGGAUGGUGUCGUCUGUCUUCAUCACCCUGGCGUCUCCGUUUGGGGCGAGUAUCACGCCGACGGCUCGCGUCCACAGCAGCCCGCUGCGCCGCUCCAUGACCCCACAGGACGCUCCGAUGGAGACCAGAGCCCUCAGCACACGUCACACAGACACCUCCGCUCCAGACCCAGUUGUGAGCCGUGCCCCUGAUGACCUCCCUCCUCCUCCUCCUCGUGACCCCUGUGACCCCGAGCCCGGACCCCCGGCGGCCCCUGCACAGGAGAGCGCUGUGGGUAAAGUGCUGCUGAGAUCGGCGCCCUCUGCUGGAGGAGACGUGAAGGAGUCCUCAGCUGAUGUGUGUGGAUUCUGUCGUAAGCCGGUGCCUCUGUCCGAACCGGCCAUCGAGGCUCUGAACCGGACGUACCACGCCGUGUGCUUCCAGUGCCGGCAGUGCCACGCUCCCCUGGCAGCCAAGAUCUACUACAACAAGUCUGGCACGCCUCUGUGUGACGACUGCUACCAGGCCAGUCUGGAGCCCUGCUGGGCGUGCGGUGAUGUCAUCAAAGAUCAGGUGAUCCGAGCGCUGGAACGAGCCUAUCACCCGCCCUGCUUCGUGUGCAGCACGUGCAGACAGCCAAUCGGAGAGCAGAGGUUCGCUCAGGGCGAGGUGGGCGAGGUGUACUGCCUGCAGGACUACUACAGGAAGUACGCGCCGCAGUGUCACGUGUGCCGAGAGCUGAUCAUCCCGCGCGAGGACGGAACGGACAGCUUCACCGUGGAGUGUUUGGGUCACUCGUAUCACGAGGACUGUUACCGCUGUGAGGUGUGCAGGGUGCUCCUGUCUCCGGAGCCCAAUGAGGACGGCUGUCACCCGCUGGACGGACAGAUCCUGUGUAAACCGUGUCACGUGUCGCUGAUCCAGAGCGCGCCGCUUUAAACCUGCUGCAGACCAAUGUGAUGAUGACGACACACCGAUUGUAUGAGAAACAGCAGCAUCGGGACCAUUAAUACCUUCUCACAGCACACCAACAUCUCAGAGACGUCUACCAGACGUGUUUUCUGUGAGACGUCUCCUAUCACAUGUCAAACGAAGAUGUUUAUGAUGUAAAAUCCCCAUCUUAGAGAUGUCUGUCAGAUGUUUUCCAGAUCUCUCGCAGACGCACCUGUGCUAUCUUAUCUUUCCUCUGAUUAUAUCUAUGUAUCUGUCAUAUCAGCUGUAGUGUGGUCUUGUGCACUCUUUCUUCUAAUAUGCGCAAAAUGCAAAGCACCAAAGAUAUUUAUGCAGCAGCAGCAACACCAAAGACCCAUAUUCAGUGUUAUUUCCAGUGUAAUAGGAACACACCCGUAUCUGACUCUAAUAAACCACUAAUAUAUGA